UUAGCAGAGUUUAGUACUUGUUUUUGUUAGCAGCAAACAAAUUUAAAAAAAAAAAAAUGAAGGUAGCAGUGAUCUCAAUGUUGGUAGUUGUAGCCAUGGUUCACUUCAUGGUGACACCAGGAGAGGCUAUUGAUUGUGGAAAAGUGAGCUCCUGUUUGGCUCCUUGCAUUCCCUUCUUGACAGGAAGGGACGCUUCUCCGUCAACUGGGUGUUGCGGUGGAGUGAAGAAUUUGAACGCACUUGCUCAGACUACUGCUGACCGGAGAGCUGCUUGUGAUUGUAUUAAGACAGCAGCCGCUCGAUAUCCAAACAUAAACGCCGACGCAGCCUCUUCACUUCCUAAGAAAUGUGGGAUUGACUUCAAUAUUCCCAUCUCCAAAUCCACCAAUUGUCAGGCCAUUAACUAAGAUGAUGAGGACGUAUCGCUGGUGAAGAAUAAAGCUACAUUACUACAUGUGGAAGCUUUGGGUGCUAGCUAGCUUCCUGCAUCUCCAUUUUAUUUCAUUACUUUCAAAU